AUGAAUGCUGUCAACGAGGUCAAUCACAAGCUGGAGCAUGAUGAUAUCAUCAUUGAAUACUCCCACCAUGAAGCCAAAGAGUUAAGUAUUACACCAGGAGAAGGCUCAAAUGAGAACAUGAAGUCCUCUACGACGCUUGUGGUUGAAGAAACCUCUUCUACAAUAUCAAAAGCACAAAGAUCAUCUACAAACUCUGAAGCCGAACCCAGAUCCGGCGACGCAUCACUACCAGCUUCUUCCAGUAUUGCCAGUCUUGUACAAGUUUCGUAUGCAGAAAGACAUCUAGAAACAGAGGAUAAACCCGAAAAUGCUUCAUACUCAACUUCUAUUUCGGUUCGAGAACCCCAUGGGCCACCGUAUAGUACUAGAAGCAUGGAUUUAGAUCCCAUCAAUUCGUUUCAUUUCGAAAAGUUGCCCGCAGAGAUUCAAUAUAUGAUAAUUAAAGAAUGUAUCCCGGAACGCCAUAGAAUUCGUCAUUUCUCAGUCAGCCUGGAUUUCAAUAAUCAAAUACUACUUAAAGAGGAGCCUGACAGAAAACACACAUCAAUUUUGUUUGUCUCAAGGGCAAUUCGUAGCAUUUAUCUACAGCAUCUGCCAGUCGUGCUGCCAUCUCUCGACAAGAAGAUUCCAAUAUGUAUUCACCAAGAUACGACUGUCGUUCUCAAGAUGGAAGAGCCUGAUCUUAGUAACAUUAGGAUAUGCUACAAAGGGAAGAUUCCAGCAUGUUUCAGUGAAAUUCGCUACCUCGCUGUUCCCCUACACCUCUUCUCCUUCUUUAACAUUACAGCUGAUGAGCGUAGUCGCGGUGACAGAAUACAAGAGCUUGCAGUAGCUCACAACAUUAGUUUCUUGAGCAGACUAAUCUUUGCCUGUUCCAACUUGCGCCAUUUAACCGCUGUUCAGCGUAACACAGCAGAGAGAUGGCAUCUCAGAGGGCUGAAUUAUCCAGGCACUCUAGUCGUUCCAAAGGUAUUCUCCUCUUUACUCAGAUGGAACCUCGAAUCUCUUGCCAAUUUCCUCAACUUGCAACGAGCGAUGACCCGUUAUCGGAGCAAAGAGCUAAUAUGCGGUGUUAUGGUUUUUACCUUUGGUAGCAGUGUCAACAAUAUUUCGAACGGUCCUCACAUUCCUCAGAAUGAAAUUGAUGCUCUUCUAUAUUAUCGGAUUGAUAAGGUAAAUGCGACCUGCAUUGCCUACCUCGACAUAGAGUCCUUCAUCGGCAAAUACUGUUACUCACCACCUCAUUCGGAUGAACUUCCGGUACAUCUCCUUAAUGAGAGGGGUCGAACUGCAUUUCGAGCCGUUUUCCGCAGAUUAGUUACUCGGUGGAUGGAUAAAUAUUUCAAUUCCAAUGUAAAUAUCGAGGAUGCCAAACAUGGCAGAGAGAUUCUAGAGCUCGUGGAAGAUGCAUUUGAGCAGCACAUGAGAUCCAAUCCAGGUGAGGUGGAUCUAUUCAGGCAUUGA